AUGGAACCGGUCUGGAGAGUGGACACGCGCACUCGGAAAUAUGAACUCGCCAUCAAGGAUGAUGAAACUAUGCAUUUCCCUGCAUGGGAAGUGACUCCAUUCGGGAUCAACGGUCUUCAUAUCCUGAACGGCUACCUGGCAUCGGUGUAUCGCAUCGCAGUUAGCAAACAUGGAUAUGCAGCGCCGGGAGCUCACGGCGAGCUAGUCAAAAGGCUCCAGGCAAUCAAGAUAGAUACAUUCUGCCUGGGGCCCGGCGAUAACGACACCAUCUGGGGUGCCACAGAUGCAGACAAUCGGCUUGUUGCAGUUACUCCAGAUGGCACUGCCACUUUCGUUGCUGGUGCGCCGGAUGAGAUGACAUUGGCGGGAUCUGUAGCUCCUGCAUUCGGCACUUUGCCUGGAGACACUGAUACGUUGUACGUUGCGACACGUAGCCCUCUUCCUUGCGGAGCCCUCUUCCACACGGAGCCCGCUUCCGUCUGGGGACUACCUGAUAUGCGGAUGCUGAAGACUGCCUGUUCGAGUCUACGGAGAGUGGAGGAGUAG